ACGCUCUGACCACCUGUUCGCCCGCGUUCUCUUGGACAUCCCCAUUAUCACCGGACACCAAACAUGAUCACCGUGCGCGUCCUGUUGCUCGCCGUGUCCUGCUGCGCGUGGGUCUCCUGGGCUACCUGCGAGGAUUUUCUCGAUAUUCGCUCAGUCGAGGACUCCAUCAUCAAAACUCAAGAAGAAAAAGAUUUGAUCGAGGCCCUCCAAGGAGUGCUUGAAAAGCUGAGGAACAAAGAAAUACCAACAACCGAAAAGAAACUGGGCUGGGUCCCGUCGUGCGAUGCUGGAGAGCAGUGCGCCCUGCGCAAGGGAGCGCGCAUUGGGAAGCUCUGCAGCUGCCCAAGAGGAACGUCCUGCAGUUUCGAUGUGCUUAAGUGUCUCUGA